AUGACGACGCACGCAGACCCUCUCGACCGCCUCGUAACCGGCUCACGUCUCUACGCACAACGCACCGCCGCGCUCGACCCCCACGCCUUUACCACCCUCGCCGCCGGUCAAGCACCAGAAAUCCUAUGGAUCGGGUGCGCCGACAGCCGCGUCCCCGAGACGACCGUGUGCCACUGCAAGCCCGGGGACAUAUUUGUGCACCGCAACAUCGCCAAUACGGUGCAUGCGGAUGAUCUCAACGCGGCGAGUGUGGUCGAGUACGCGGUCACGCAUCUGCAGGUUAAGAAGGUGGUGGUGUGCGGGCAUACGAAGUGUGGGGGUGCGAAUGCAGCGUUGGGAGACGCGGAUUUAGGAGUAACACUGAAUCAGUGGCUGGAGCCUGUUAGGGAACUCCGCCGGAAACACAAGUUCGAGCUCGACAGCCUCCCCAGCGACGAUGCACGGUCCGCCCGCCUUGCGGAACUUAAUGUUCAUCAGUCGAUCGAUGUGCUCGAGCGGCAUCCUGCUGUUAGGAAAGCUAUUUCUGAGCGCGGGUUGACGCUUACGGGUCUGAUCUAUGAUCUUGCGGCAGGGGAUCUGAAGGUUCUGGAGCAUUCUGACGGUAAGAAGAACACUGUCCACUGGAGUCGUAACUCGGAAACGGACGACAUCGCGUUGCGAGAUGAGCAUCUUGAACGCAGUGAGUUUGGCGGUCGUGGUGAAGGUGUUCUGAAUAGUGACCAUGGUAUAGUUCCAUUGGCGGAUAUGUUGGUGACGACGGAUUAG